CCAUAACGAAGCGGGACGUCUGUAGUGGAAACAGGAGAGACACUCAGGGAGAAGCAGAGCUCUUCACCACCUUUCUCUGAUAUUCCUCAGCGCGCACUCUCGUGGGACCCCGCAGAGGUGAUCCUGCUGCAGCGGGGGUGGGGGAGACCAGGAAAACACAAGGAAAAGUUCACAUUCCUCUGGAGGACAAGAGCUUUGACUCGUAUGAUGUCUGUUGUGGGCGCCCAGCCUUUCAUCAAGCCAAUGCAGACUUCACCUUCAGUUUCGCCCGGUAUCCAGCGGAGACACACGCUCCCAGCCAGCGAGGUGCGGCCGCUCAACACGCAGGAUGCCAUCAGCGUGUUUGAGAUCGAGAGGGAGGCUUUUAUCUCAGUGUCAGGGGACUGCCCGCUUCACCUGGAUGAAGUGCGCCAUUUCCUCACGUUGUGUCCAGAGCUCUCAAUGGGCUGGUUCGAGGAGGGCCGUCUGGUGGCGUUCAUCAUCGGGUCUCUGUGGGACCAGGACAGGCUCACUUCGGAUGCACUUACUCUCCACAAGCCCUGUGGCUCUACCGUCCAUAUCCACGUCCUGGCGGUCCACCGCACCUUCAGGCAGCAGGGUAAAGGUCCCAUUCUGAUGUGGCGCUACUUGCAGUACCUGCGGUGCCUGCCCAAUGUGCGCCGGGCCGUGCUGAUGUGCGAGGAUUUCCUCAUCCCCUUCUACCGCAAGUCGGGCUUCAAGGUUCUGGGCCGCUGCGCCAUCACAGUGGCCAACCUCACCUUCACCGAAAUGUGGUACCCGAUCAGCGGCCAUGCAUACAUGCGCCGCAACAGUGAGGCCAUCCGAUUUCCCCAGCACCCACUCACUGUGCCACUAACAAAGACUGACGAGCAAGUCGAUUUAUGACUGUUUUUUGGUUUGUUUUUUGUUUUUACUGAAAUCAGGCACUUACACACAGAGCCGUUCCAAGGUUGUAUGAGCCCCUGAGCAGAAUUUUAGUUGGGGGCCGACUCCUUGUCUUAUAACAAUGUGUAACAAAGUUAAAUUACUUUAGAUUAAAGUAAUCCGUCUGAACAGUCAAUACUUUCCCUUUGCAUAGAGCAGUGCUCAUUACACUAAAGCCGUGGUCUCAAACUCCAGACUUCACGCUGGUGGGGUGGUUUAGCCAUUUGAUUCAGGUGUGUAGGGCAAGGGACACGUCUAAAAGUUGCAGGACCCCUGCAACUUCUGGCACUGACAGAACAAAGAACAGAGCGCCUACCUUAAGGUCCUACCUAUUGCCGUUUCAACUCUCACUAAAGUCUCUAUAGAUGUGUAAUUCCAGCUCCAAACCCCUACGCUAUUGGUUUUUGUGGUGAGACUUGUUGGUUUAGCUAAAGGAUUGUUGAGUCUCAAAAUGAAAAGCUUUUCAAUUGGCAUUGCGUGAAGAUGCUGCUGUUCCCUCGG